AAUUGCAACCCAGCCCUCAAUUGCAACCCAGCCCUCAAUUGCAACCCAGCCCUCAAUUGCAACCCAGCCCUCAAUUGCAACCCAGCCCUCAAUUGCAACCCAGCCCUCAAUUGCAACCCACCCUGAGCGCGCGCCGAUCGCUAUUAAGCAAGAACCCGAUGUACCUCUAAUAACCCACCAAAUUCCGCCUGCCUCGGACCCUUCAACGUCUUCUCAUGCGCCCCAAAUGAAUGGUUCCGCGCUAGUUCCAUCAGUCAGUCUAGCGGGACCCGUCACGUUCCCGAAUCCUUCUGUUGUCGGGGGCUCUCACCCCCCCCAGAACUCGGCGGGUACGACUUCUGAUCCCCCACGAUCAACGGCGCCAGAACCACCAGGCGCUGGACGGCUAGUGGCUAACAUUGAGAAUGAUGCACUAGUGAAAGUCAUACAGGAUGUCGCUGCCGAACUGAUUGAAAUCCGAGCUUGGGGUGACAAAUCCCACGAAACGCAUCGCGACGAGUUACGACGGGUUCUGGCCGAGUACCAAGAGACAAUGGAUGCGAAGUUCAAGGCACAGGCAGAAACGCACGCAGCACGGAUGGUCUACACGAAUCGGAUGCUCGCUGCUUCGGAAGAACAAAACGACGCGCUCAAGGCUCGCGUUGCUGAGCUUGAGAGUGCCCUGAGGGAUGCAGAUAUCAAGGCUCGGAGGAACGAUGCAAUUAUCGACAGGCUCGUCGCAAUGGACGACCCCAGUAAUGCAUUACCCAGCCCUGCUCAGCAGACUGGCGAUUCGCCGGCAUCAUCCAAGUCAAGACCGGCGCUGACGAACAGAGGCUUUACUCGCCGAGCUGGAAUACUUUGACGGUAGUGUCUUGCAAAAUAGCUUCGCGACCCAUCAGGAACUGUCCUUGUAUGUGUCGUCUUUUGAGCUUAUUAAUAUGAC